AUGUGCUACACUUCCUCCACUCUGCUGCUUCUUCUGCUUCUCCUCUCUCUUGCUUCUUCUAUUCCUUGUGUUGUCUGCUCCUCCAAUGCGAAGAAUAUGCUCCCCUCUGAGGUUGACACCCUCUUCAAGAUCAUGGACUCCAUGUCCUCGGACGAAAAAUGGAGAAUCUCUUACCCCAACCCCUGUAAACCUGGCUCAACCUGGCUUGGAAUUGAAUGCAAACUAGGGCAAGAUAACCACCUUCAUGUCUCUAGGCUUGAUUUUGGUUCUCAUCCAAACCCUACAUGCAAGAACACAGCUACAUUUCCUUACCAAAUCUUUGCUCUUCCUCAUCUUCAGUCUGUUUUUUUCUUUCAAUGCUUCACUCACACUGAAACCACGCUCUCUGUUCCACCAAAUAGAGGAGCCUUCUUCAAUUCUUCACUUCAACAACUCAGUCUUAGAUCAAACCCUGCACUUGUUGGUCCAAUCCCACCUCAAUUUUCCUUCCUAAAGUCCUUACAGAUACUUACAUUGUCACAAAAUCGCCUUACUGGAAGUAUUCCAGCCAUGAUUUUUAGCUUGAACUCGUUAGUCCACCUUGAUUUGAGCUACAACAUGCUCUCGGGUCCUAUACCGAUCCAGUUGGGCAAUCUUAGAAACCUUCAAGGCCUUGAUUUCAGCUAUAACUCACUUACUGGACGAAUUCCUCGCACCAUUGGCCAAUUGGGUAUGCUUCAAAAACUUGAUUUGAGUUCAAAUUCAUUCACUGGUAGCAUUCCUUACAGCAUAGAAAAGCUCACUUUAUUAACUUUCAUGGCUUUGAGUAACAACAAAUUGAGGGGGAAUAUUCCAACAGGAGUUCUAAAGUUGCAAAGCUUGCAAUACUUCAUCAUGGAUGAUAAUCCAAUGUAUAUACCUUUGCCAGCAGAAUUUGGUAAGCUGGUGAAACUACAAGAGCUGAGGCUUGCCAACUCAGGCUACUCGGGAACUAUACCACCAAGCUUUUCACUGCUUGUCAAUUUAAGCACACUGUCUCUGCAAAACAACAGGUUAACAGGUAAAAUCCCAGAAGGAUUCAGCAGUCUCUCCCGUAUAUAUCACUUGAAUCUUAGUGGAAACUUGUUGGGAGGUGUUGUCCCUUUCAAUGCAAGCUUCUUGAGGAGGUUAGGAAGGAAUUUGGACCUAAGUGGCAACCCAGGUCUUUGUUUGAGCCCAUCUGAAGCAUAUAAUAAUGUCAAGAUUGGCAGUGGAGUUAGUGUCUGCGGCACUGGUUCUUUGAUCAAGAAAUCUCAAGCUGCAGCAGAUGAAUUAUCCAAAUUACUCUUCCUAUUUGCUAUUCUGAUUGUUCAUGUAUUGCACCAAAUAUUAUUUUAA